AUGAAGCAAGCGCCGCCCUCGCAGGUGCGCCAGAACUACCACCCCGACUGCGAGGCCGCCGUCAACAGCCAUGUCACCCUGGAGUUCCACGCCUCCAUGUUGUGCCUGGACGUGGCCUUUUACCUCCGCCGCGAUGGCGACGUGGCCGUCAGGUAUUUCACCUGGUUCUUCGUGUACCGCUCCGGCGACCACAGCUCGCGGGUCUGGAACCUGAUAUGCCUGCAGAACAACCGCAGGGGCCGCCUCAACUUCCUCAACAUCGGGAACCCUGUCAGUGACAACUGGAACAGCGGCCUCAAGGCCAUGAAGUGCGCCUUGUUCCUAGAGAAGUGCGUGUACCAGAGCCUGCUCCACCUGUACCAGCUGGCCACCGACAAGAGCGACCACCAGCUGCGCCACUUCCUGGCAACUCACUACCUCAGCCAGCAGGUGGCAUUCAUCAGAGAGCUGGAGGGUCAUGUCACCACCCUGAGCAUGAUGGAGGCCCCGGAUGUUGACCUGGCAGGGUCCCUCUUUGAGAAUCUCACCCUGGGCGACAGCGACAAGAACUGA